AUGGGACGAACUCCUUGUUGCGCCAAGCAGGACGGAAUGAACAAAGGACCUUGGACGGCUCUUGAGGACAAAAUCCUCACAGACUACAUCAAAACUCACGGUAAAGGAAAAUGGAGAGACCUUCCUAUAAAAGCUGGUCUUAAAAGAUGUGGAAAGAGUUGCAGACUAAGGUGGCUGAAUUAUCUCAGACCUGAUAUUAAAAGGGGUAACAUCUCUGAAGAGGAAGAGGAUCUGAUAAUCAGGCUUCACAAGCUGUUAGGAAACAGAUGGGCGUUGAUAGCGGGAAGACUUCCUGGACGAACCGACAAUGAAAUAAAAAACUACUGGAACACAAUCUUACAGAAGAAAAGGAAAGGUAGUAGUAUUAAACGAUCAAACCAGCCAUCUUCCAAUUACGAGCUGGAUCAUGAGAGGAAGAAGCUGCAAAAUAACACAAAACCGGCACACUCUCAAAGCAUUACCCAAGCAAUAAUAUCGACCAAUACCAAAACGCCGACUGUUCAACGUACAAGUGCAGUUCAGACAGAGGCUUUGAAGCAUUGCACAAAUAUUAACCAGGUUCUGGUUAGUGCGCAUCCUACUGCGAGUGUUGCUUCAGUACAACCACUCCGAGUUGACGAAUUUUCACAGCCCACAAAAAGUGCCCUAGAAAAUCACCCUUAUACUGAAUUAGAUGAAAACCCAACAGUUCGACCAAUGGAAAAUACUAAUAACGUCUCAAGUACUACUAAUUGUGACGAUGAGGAGGGUAGUUUUCUUGAGAAACUCCAGUGCUUUGACUUUGAUUUGGACUUCUGGGAGCUGUGUAAUGUUGAUCAGUUCAAGAUUAAUGGUGUAGAUGAUCAUGAUAACUGUGAUCGGGGGGUAUUGAUGGAAAAAACAAUGUAA